UUCUUCAAACUAUAACGAUUUAAAAGUUAUUCUGUACUUACAGUUUGAACGCUACUCAUCGCCGUGCAUUUUAGCAUCUAAUAUUUACAACAAUAUAUUUAUGAGCAUGCUCUGAAACGCAUAAAAUAGCGCACUAUGUAGGGAAUAGUGUGUGAUUUGGGACACAGCCCGACCUCGUUAUUCAUUUCCGCUUCCGUGUUUUGACCCCACCCACCUCGCGCGCGCGGAUUGGAUUGGCUAAUUCAAUUCAACGUUCAGUUUUUUACAUUCUUUUACAUUCUAAUUAAAAAAAAGCAUAUCUAUAAUGUUUUUAAAUCUUUAUAUUGCUGUAGCGCGUGAAUAAGAGUCGUGUUUUAAAGCAGAAAGUUUAUUAAUCCGUGAGAUUUAGCUAUGCUAGUCAGUUUCAUUAGCAUGUAAACAUUGCGCGUGACCGUCGGGUGUCUCGAGCGCGUUCAACUCCAUUUUAUAUGUGUGAUAAAGUUGUAUUGUAUAAAGUAAUUUGUUUGUGAGUUUGUCAGCAUGGCGUUGGUGCCGUAUGAUGAAAACAUCCUGCCUUCUCUGUCCAAACUCCACUCGUCUUCCGCUGAGUUCCGGUUCGCCGAGCGCCGCAUCCGAUUGGCUCAGGACUGGAGAAAAGGGGGCGUGGCCGCCGUCGUGUGGGACGCGGCGGUGGUGAUGUGCGUGUACCUGGAGCUCGGCCGUGUGGACCUGAAGAACAGAACCACCAUCGAGCUCGGAGCCGGGACUGGGCUGGUGGGCAUCGUCGCUGCGCUGCUCGGAGCUGAUGUAACGAUCACCGACCGAAGACCAGCGCUGGAGUUCUUGGAGGCUAACGUGAGGGAGAACGUUCCUCCACACCUGCAGGGGGCGGUGCGAGUUUCUGAGCUCACCUGGGGAGAAGGAUUAGCAGGCUAUCCCCCAGGCGGCUACGACCUCAUCCUGGGAGCGGACAUCGUUUACCUGGAGGAGACGUUCUCCGCUCUGCUGCACACGCUGGAACACUUGAGCUCGGAGAACACGGAGGUCCUGCUGGCGUGCCGGAUCCGUUACGAGCGAGACGAGCGCUUUCUGAGCAUGCUGGGAAAUCGCUUCUCAGUGCAGGAGGUUUACUACGAUUCACAGCGGGACGUUCACAUCUACAGAGCGGUGAAAAAUAAGACGAAGACCGAGCUCUGAGGACCAGACUGAUAACUGAUAACGUCCUGAUAACUGUCUAAGAUUUUAUCUCUGCGCAUGUUGAUGUCAUGAUACUGUCUGUUAAAAAAAAUCAUUGUUAUUAAAAGUCUUUCUUUGCUCAGA